AUUUUAUUUGCAACAUUUAGCUCACAAUGGAGUUCCUUCGAGCAGAUUCUGAUCUAGAAAGAGAGAAAAGUGCAGAUUUCGGCAAAUCAAAUCACUCAAAAAGUCAAAAGGCACGUAGAAAAUCCCAUAUGCGCCCAUUAGAGCCUAUAAAAGUUCCUAAAGAGACACCCUUUACCCGAAAUGUUGAAUAUAGUAAUGAAAUUCAGAGAAAAAUUGAUUACUUUAUCACUCCUUACAAUCACAUUUUGGAGAUGAACAAGAGCGUCUCUUACCAAGAACAAUCCUCCUUUGAUACCGAGGAAGAACGGUCCAGGGCUGAUAUCAGUGCAAUGGCACUGUGGACUAAAGUGGCUAACUUUAUUAUCUCUAAAAGGUCCGCAUUCAAAGAGAAAUUAGAUUUUAUAAAGAGAACAAUUCCAGUGAAAAUGAGCGACCCAGAAAAUACAGCCUUGUAUAGUCCAAAAUAAGUCAAAAAAUUACUUAAAGAGAAGCCCUAAAUCUAAACGUCGUAAAUCAAAAUAAGAUUUUGGAAAACUCCUUUGUAACAAAAGAAGUUUCCUCUGAAAAAUCCAAUUCGAUUGUGUCUGAUUAUGGUAUGGAGAAAGAGACGCUCUUCAAACCCAAAAGAAUGACAACUAAAAUGUACAAGCUGAUGAAAAAGAACAGACCUCGGGAUAGAAGAGCAAAGCCACAGUCUUUGUCAUUGCCGAAAUCGCGAUCAGGAGUAGAGAAUAUUAAGAAGGAGGAAUUAGGGAAUUCCCUUCCGAAGAUUAGGAAGGUUGGGGGUGUGAAGGUAGUUCAUAAGCCACGUGUUUCGCAUUUGUCGUUCAGAUACAACAACCUAGUCCCAAAACUCACCAGUGACUACAAAAUCCCUAAAAACCUCAAAGCCCAAAGACCUCUCACUCAGCUUGCCCACAAGCCCCUCAUCCUUCCUCAAAAUCUCCGCCGUGGAAGGAACAGCUCCAAACAAAUUAAGAAGAGCUACAAUAGUAACAGUAGCUAUAAAAGAAAAUCUAGGAAAAGAAAGAAGGCUCAGUGGAUAGAUUAACU